GUGACGGCCGCGUCAUGGCGAAGCCCCCGGCGGCGGCGGCGGCGGCGGAGGAGCUGAGUCAGGUGCCGGACGAGGAGCUGCUGCGCUGGAGCAAGGAGGAGCUGGCGCGGCGGCUGCGGCGCGCCGAGGGCGAGAAGGUGGGCCUCAUGCUGGAGCACGGCGGCCUGAUGCGCGACGUGAACCGGCGGCUGCAGCAGCACCUGCUGGAGAUCCGCGGCCUCAAGGACGUGAACCAGCGGCUGCAGGACGACAACCAGGAGCUGCGCGAGCUCUGCUGCUUCCUCGACGACGACCGGCAGAAGGGGCGCAAGCUGGCGCGCGAGUGGCAGCGCUUCGGGCGCCACGCGGCCGGCGCCGUGUGGCACGAGGUGGCCCGCUCGCAGCAGAAGCUGCGCGAGCUCGAGGCGCGCCAGGAGGCCCUGCUGCGCGAGAACUUGGAGCUUAAGGAGCUGGUGCUGCUGCUGGACGAGGAACGCGCGGCGCUGGCGGCGGCGGGGGGCGCGGGCGGCGCGGGCGGCGGUGGCGGCGGCGGCGCGGGCUCCCGCAGCUCGAUCGACAGCCAGGCCAGCCUGAGCGGGCCGCUGGCGGGCGGUGCGGCGGGCGCGGGGGCCCGCGACGUGGGCGACGGCAGCAGCACGUCGAGCACGGGCAGCGGUGGCAGCCCCGACCACCACCACCACGUCCCACCCCCGCUGCUGCCCCCCGGGCCGCACAAGGUCCCCGACGGCAAGGCCGGAGCCACGCGCCGGUCCCUGGACGACCUGUCGGCGCCGCCCCACCACCGCAGCAUCCCCAACGGCCUGCACGAUCCCUCGUCCACCUACAUCAGGCAGCUGGAGACCAAGGUGAAGUUGCUGGAAGGUGACAAGCUCCUCACACAGCUGCCCCGCCCCUACGGCCGCCCAAGGAGCUGGCUUCAGGCGGGCUCGGGAGAGUUCCGGACACUGCGAAAAGGCUUCUCGCCAUACCACUCGGAGUCCCAGCUCGCGUGCCUGCCACCCUCCUACCAGGACUCCCUGCAGAAUGGCCCAGCCUGCCCUGUGGCUGAGCUGCCCUUGCCCCCCUCUGCUGGCUACAGCUCUGCGGGACAGAAGCCUGAAGCUGUUGUGCAUGCUAUGAAGGUCCUGGAGGUGCAUGAGAACCUGGACCGGCAGCUCCAGGACAGCUGCGAGGAGGACCUGAGUGAGAAGGAGAAGGCCAUUGUCCGUGAGAUGUGCAACGUGGUCUGGAGGAAACUGGGAGAUGCUGCCAGCUCCAAGCCCUCCAUCCGGCAGCACCUGUCUGGUAACCAGUUCAAGGGGCCCUUGUAGGGCCAUUCUUCUGUGGACAUGCACUGGCUCUGCCUAGGGGCCCAGGGGAGCAUCAGGCCCCAGGACCUCCAGCUGAGCCAGUCUCCCUUCUCUAUGGUGAACUGUGCGUACAUAGGACGCUCUCCGCUCUGGUCCGGCUGCUGUAGGUCUGCCACGCUGAUGGCCAGGCCUCAUCUCCCGCCUCACACACCAGCAAACUGGGAAGACGAGAAGCCACUGACCACUGCUCCCCGCGGCAGAGUGACCCAGACAGCCUCACUAGUGAGAGGCUGACGGCUGCUUCUAAAAUACCAGGCCCAGGGACUGACCCAGGCUUCCUUGUCCUGCCCUCUAUGGACAGAAUCUCAUCAAGCCCUCCACCCCACCACCCCAGCUGCCUCCUGUGGACAGAGGCCACCGACACCUGGAUCCUGACACAGAUGGCACCACUGCUUGCCCACCUGCUGUGACCUGGAUCCUGGCUCACCAAGCACUGGGUCCCCUGUGUCGUGGACAAGGAAACUCACUGUGUCCAUGGUUGGCUGGAGGCUGCUCUUGGGGCUCCCAGGUCCUUCCUCUGACUGAUCCUCAGCCCUGGAAGCUCAGGGUCCCUUGUUGCUUCAGGAGUUCAUGCCCACCUGCCCUGAUGCCAGCUGCUGCUUGUUUUCAGUUUCCAUACCCCCAAAACACACACACUCUACAAUGUCCCCCUACCUGGUGCCAGGUUGUGCCCUGUUUUUUGGGUUCCUCCUGCUCAGGGCCUGAGGCACAUUCUUUUCUGUGGCUUACAUGAUGGGUCAGGAACACAGGAAGGUCCUGUGGAGGGUGUCUGGGCUAAGCCACAUGUCUCUGUCCAGAUGGGUAGCAGUGGAUCACAACAGGGCCUGUUUGUCUGUGGGCUCUCCCAGGGCCCAGUCACUGUGUAGAGAUGCAGAGGCCACAGGUAAUGAUGGUUGUUCUUGGGAAGGAUGGAGACUGCCCUGGUGCUGGCUUUAAUUCACUGUGUGACCUUCAGCAAGUCACUCAGCCUCUCUGGGCCUCUGGUGGAAAAAUGGGGUUUCCGAGGUUCCUUUCAGCCCUGCUCACUGUUUGAGGCUGUCCAGCUCUCGACAACGUAAGUCCUCAUGCACAGCAUGCAAGCCGAUGGGGUCGACUUGCUGGAGAGGCUGCUGUGAGUUCUGCUGCUUUGCUGUCUCACUACAGGCGACAGUCACCUCCCCUCUCUGAGCCUCGGCAUCCUCAGCCUCCUUACAGGGCUCUGGGGAUCACAUGAGACCUUCAAUGUAAAUGACUAUGUAUAAACUGUAAAGUGUAAUAAGCAAUUUUGUGUGCGAGGAAAAUGAGGCCCAGAGGGGGUGAUUUUGUGGCACAUUACAAUUGAGAUCCCAGAAUCUGUAGUGCAGGGACAGGCCAUGUUGCCGACGUCUGUCAAUGCCGUUGUCAGCAGCCCCUGGCAUCUUGUUCGGUCCCUUGCCCCAUCAGCCUUCUUCACUCUUCCAGUGGUACCCAGAGCUUCACACAGCAAGCACUUGAACCCAAAGAGGUUGUCUUCAUAUCAAGUAGGUCUGGUUCAGGCCUGAGUGUAGGACGGGGACAGAGCAAGGGGAGGGAAGAUGGCUUCCCCGUCGCUCUCCCCAGCUUGGGAGUCUACCCAGAGCAGUUCCCACUGCCUGUUUGCCAUCAGCGCCCUUGGGUCACUCACUCUCAGGGGAAAGGCUCAGGGCUCUCACCGUGCCCAGGGAGUGCAAGGCAGGCGCUGGUGAGGGAUGAGCGUGUGGCUCUUGCUGUGGUAGCUCUUUAGGCUUUCCGGAAGGAGCCUGCCGUCUGCUCAGGUGGUGAGCUCUCUGUCACUAGGGGUGUGCACUUGAAGCUGGAUGAACACCCACUGGUCAUGACAUUGGGCAAUUCCUGCCUGAGUGGGCAGCUGGGCUGGGGUCCCUUCUGGGUCUUGGAGUCCAGAGAACCUCAGAGCAGCCCUGAGGGGAUGUGGGUCCGUUCUGGGAGGGAGCCAAGUCUGGGAGCCCAUGUGAGUCAUGUUUGGCUCAGGCUGGCAUGGCCACCACUAAAAUAAGCAAUAAGUCAGGACUCCUGGUAUCUGCAGAUAUCCUGCAUGUUGGCCCAGGGAAGAACAUCCUUAAAGCGACCUUUCCCUCUGGAGGGGAGGAACCCUGUCUCUAAUGAUGUAGUGGCACCCAGGGAUCAGUGGGGCAUUUCUUUGAGAAGACCCCUCCAGUCUGUGACAGAGGCAGCACAAGCUGGUGCCCCCUGAGCCAACACAGUGUUGGGAUGGCUUCCUAGGACAGAACUGUAUCUGCGACAGUCACAUCUCAAAUGUAAUGGCUGAUUUUAAAAAAAGCCACUGUGAUUCUGCCUAACCCCAGGUACCUGGGUAUAGCUGGCAGGUGCAGUCACGGGCUGGAGAGGGUCAGAUGGGGCCUCCUGCAGGGGGAACCUGGGGGCCUGCAGCUGAGGGUGACUCCCAGCUCUGCCACUAGCAGCGUGACACUGGGUGACCCCUCCCUUCAGGAGCCUUAGCUCUGAAAGCCCCUGGUGGGGGUGGGACUAGGGGUGUCCUUUCAUAAAGGCCCCUUUCCAUUUCAAAUGCUCCCAUUUGAGAUCUCGAAGUCCAAGGUGAUGCUUGCACUGCGGCCUCAGUUCCCAAUGUGAUGGGUGUCACCCUUCCAGCCCGAGCCCCGGUGGCCAAGCCCAUCCUGGAAUCAGAAUCUGCUGAGUAUUUUUUAGGUUGGCACAUUUUUAUCUAAAAGUUGUUAGCUAUACAUCAGUGUUUAAAGAGAAAAAAGUGACCUUUCAUUUUUUUUUCUUGAAACUUGAGAGGAAACAAAAUACUACUGAUUUUUUUUUUUUUAAAGAAACAAACUAAAUGCAUGACUGCAGAGCGGUAGAGGUGUAUAUUUUUCAUACUGUGAGGGGAAAGUAUUUGUGCUGCUUUUCGGAAAUGGGCUGGAACGUCUGGUUUCUGUCCUAGGGCCCCAGCAGCUAUGCUCUAUUUUCUGUAGAAUGUGACCAUAGUGAGACCUGGAGCCACCCCCUCCCACCCUGGCUCCGUGCAGAGCUGGGGUCUGUGGACUCCUGGGCCUGUUUUUACCUUCUAUUGAACCACUUUGAUCUGGGGAGAGAAGAAAUAGAACUUUUUGAUAGUGUGGUAAAAACAUUGAUUUGAACUAUUUUAGUAAAGGAGUAAUAAGAUUGUGAUAGUGUAUACUUUG